UUUUCUUCACCGUACACUACAUUUUCAGAAUUGAAUUAUUAUUUUUUAUUUUUUAAUUCCGGUUAUGGAGGAAGUGAACUUUGUUGUUAAGAAACGAGUUCGUGACUCGCCGGAGGAGACCGAGUCCGAUACAGACUCGCCGGAGGUGAAGAGGCUGAGGGAGAGUCUCUUAGAUGGCCUGGACGACGAUUCCGAGUUAUGCACCUUGAAUCACGAUCUCGACUCGUUUAUGAAGAGCUUCGAGGACGAGAUUACUGUCGGCGCCGGAGUGCCGGAGAAUGACGUGGUUGACCUGACGUCGGAUUCCGGCGAGUCUCGGCCGGAUCUGGGGUACUUGUUGGAGGCUUCCGAUGACGAGCUUGGUAUUCCUCCGCCGGCUGGGUUGGAGGAUGAGUUCAGACCCGAGUUGGUCCGGGUUGAGUCCGACUCGUCCGAGUUCGGAGGCGAGUUCUGGGAAAAUCCGGGUUAUGAUUCAUUCGGGUACGGUGAAGCGGGUAACGAUGACGUGGCGCUGGACGGGUUCUUUGACUAUUAUGAUACGGGGUUUCGGGUCGGGUGAUAUUCCGAGGAGACCCGAAUCGCUGCCGGCUCAAUAGGGUGGUGGGGACUAUUAUGUUAGGUUUAGGGAAAGAAUAUUGUCAAUAUCACUUUAUUUAUUUAUUUUAGACUUUUUAAUAGUUUACUAAUUAAUAGUGAAAGUAUGGCAAAGUAAAACACAAGUUUAGAAAUGUUUAUUGAAUUAUUUCAUAU